UAGAUCGAAUCAGUUCGAAUUAAUCUAAUCAGUGGAUGUGAUAUUUUAAAACGUGCUUGAGCGAGUCACUGGCAAAAGGUUAACGAAACUGCGGUGGUUAAUCGAGAAAAAUUAUUUUAUUUAAUUUGGAGUGGGUGAAUUAUAUUAGUUUUAUGAUUAUUUGAUAUUGAUAUUUGAAUUCGACCGAAAGAUAUGGCAAUGUUGCUUAGGACUAGAAAAGUUGCCCUAGGGCUUAAAGUGAUCUGUAUUGUUAUGGUGACUGCUACUUAUGCGAUUUUGGGGGCUGUGUCCAGAGGUGCUAGCAAAGUCCGGGAGGAGGCUGAGUCCGACUUCAGCCACCACCCCGGCCGCCACCUCCUGGGUCUCGUCAAGGGCUACAACUGCACUCCGGCUGCCAUUAACGAGUUCCCUUCGGACGGCUUCACCCGAGCCCAGCGCCAGAACGGCUGGAUCGCCCUUCACGUCCUAUUAGCAUGCUACUUGUUCACACUUUUAGCUAUAGUUUGUGACGACUACUUCGUUCCUGCAAUUAAAAAGUUCUGUGAUAGUUUACAUAUGAGGGAAGACGUGACAGGAGCCACUUUUAUGGCCAUGGCCAGUUCUAGUCCAGAGUUAUUUAUUAACUGCGUCGGCACUUUUGUCACGGAGGGCGAUAUUGGCGUCGGAGCCGUCGUAGGAUCAGCAGUAUUUAACGUCCUGGCUGUUCCUGCAUGUUGUGGCCUUUUUGCCAACAUGGUUGUGUACUUGGAAUGGUGGCCGAUCAGCCGGGAUAGCAUGAUGUAUGGGGUUUCGGUUAUCCUCCUCAUUAGUUUCCUGCGGGAUGGAAGGAUCUACUUGUACGAAGCCUUCGCGUUGAUUCUCGUCUACGCCAUCUAUAUCCUGAUAAUGUUUUUCAAUAAUCCUCUAAUGAGGCUUGCCAAUCGACUGGUGACUAAAUGUCGCAGAAAAGGCCAUUAUCAGGAAAUUAUCGCCGAAACGACUCCCUUGCUGAUCAGAGGCGAGCAGAAGGCCAACGAAGUGAAUGAGAUUCUAGAAGCGGAAUUUACCUUAAAAGAUUGCGAAGACUUGGAGGAGUCGACUAAAAUCUGGGAGUGGCCCAAGGGGCAGAGCCGCAGGGGCCAAAUCUGGUGGGUCCUGACCUGGCCCGUUUCCUUCCUCUUGUACAUCACCACCCCCGACUGCCGCAAAUACCCCCGCCUCUUCGUAAUCACCUUCGUCAUGUGCAUUUUCUGGAUCGGUGUAGCCUCUUACAUGAUAUCGUGGCUGAUCACCGCCAUAGGUGAUACAUUAGAUAUUCCUGAUUCUGUGAUGGGUCUAACGUUUUUGGCAGCAGGGAUGAGUGUGCCCGAGGCCGUAUCCAGCGUGAUAGUUACAAAUCAAGGGUAUGGAUCGAUGGGGGUGAGCAGCUCGAUAGCGUCGAAUACUUUCGAUAUUUUGCUGUGUUUGGGUCUGCCGUGGUUCAUUAAGACGGGUUAUUACCCGAAGGUUCCGGGGAAGAGGUACAUCAAGAUUAAUUCGGCGGGGUUGAACUACAGCGCUAUUUCUUUGUUGUCUACGCUGGUUUUGUUCUACCUCAGUGUGGCGUUUAAUAAGUUCAAGUUGAACUGGAAGGUGGGAUUGACGUGUCUUUUCAUGUACAUUACGUUUUUGGUGUUUGCGUCGCUGAUUGAGCUGAAUGUGUUCUUCCCGGUGAAUUUGCCGACUUGUGAUAGAUGAGGGGUUGAUGGAGUUUUAAGUUUAGUAUUAGGUUUUGCUGUUGACUGAUUAUCGGUAGGAAUACUUAUGUUAGUUUAAGUUCUUGCUGUUUUUGAUGGAUUUAUUUGAAUAUAGAGGAGAACGUG